GGGGGGAGCAGCGAGUCGGGAGCGCGCGGAGCGAAAGCGCGUGUGGCGGCGGUGCGGCCGUCAUGGAGCUGCUGAGGAAAUGGCUGGGGCACCCCGAGGACAUCUACCACCUGCUGCGCUUCAAGAUGGGCGGCUACCGCGUCGUCAUGCCGCGGAUGGACCCGGACUCGCUGGGACUCGGGCUCCGCACCUGUUACCGCUACCUCAACCAGACAAGCCGUAGCUUCGCCGCCGUCAUCCAGGCGCUGGAUGGAGAGCUGCGGCAUGCUGUCUGUAUAUUUUACCUAGUUCUCCGUGCCCUGGACACCAUAGAGGAUGACAUGACCAUCAGCUUAGACAUAAAGGUCCCGAUGCUGAUUGAGUUUCACUCUUAUCUCUAUCAACCGGAGUGGAAAUACAUGGAGAGCAAGGAGAAGCACCGGCAGGUGCUGGAGGACUUCCCAACAAUCUCCAUGGAGUUUAGGAACCUGGCAAAGGUCUACCAGGAUGUGAUUUCUGAUAUUUGUCACAAGAUGGGUGUUGGGAUGGCGGAGUUCUUGGAAAAGAAGGUGGAUUCUCAGAGUGAAUGGGAUCGGUAUUGCCACUAUGUGGCUGGGCUGGUGGGGAUAGGCCUUUCCCGACUCUUCUCUGCAUCAGAGCUGGAAGAUCCUAUUGUAGGACAGGACACAGAGCUGGCAAACUCCAUGGGCCUCUUCCUGCAAAAAACCAACAUCAUACGUGACUAUCUAGAAGACCAGCUGGAAGGAAGGGAGUUCUGGCCAAGGGAGGUUUGGAGCAGAUACACAAAGAAGCUCUCUGACCUUACCAAGCCAGAGAACAUAGAUAUGGCUGUGCAGUGUCUGAAUGAGCUCAUCACCAAUGCUCUCCGCCACGUACCUGAUGUCCUCACUUACUUGUCUCGCCUGAAAAACCAAAGUGUCUUCAACUUCUGUGCUAUCCCCCAGGUGAUGGCUAUUGCCACUCUUGCUGCCUGCUAUAAUAACAAGCAGGUGUUCAGAGGGGUAGUGAAGAUCCGGAAGGGACAAGCUGUCACUCUGAUGAUGGAUGCCACAAACAUGCAAUCUGUCAAAGCCAUCAUGUACCAGUAUGUGGAAGAGAUCUACCAGAAGAUCCCCAGCACGGACCCUUCAUCCAACAAGACGCAGCAGAUCAUCGCCUCCAUCCGUGCCAUGAGCCUGCCCAGCGGCCCCAUGGCCUCACGCCAUCACUAUUCCCCCAUCUACCUGUCCUGUGCCAUGCUCCUGGCUGCCCUCAGCUGGCAGUACCUCAGCACCAUCUCCAAGGCCACCGAAGAGUACGUCCAGGCGGGUGAGAACUGAAGAGCCAGGAGGGUGGCAGGAGUGAGAUGGUCAGUAGAUGGGCAGCAGAGGCUCCUUGUCCCCUGGUGGUGGGGAUGGCCGGGUGCCACCGGGUCCACGGGCAGUGAUGAGGAUGGGAUGCUGGUGGGGUUGGAGCAUCGGGGCGAUGGUGUGGCGUUGUCAGACCCCGCUCCUCCCCAAUCCUUCUGUCUGCACAGAUGGUUACAAAUGCCAGUUGGAGUCUUAACUGUUUGGGGUUGCAUUUUUUUUCCUCCUUUCCUGUUGGACAGUUUACCUGAUUAUCAUUA